AUGAAAUGGAGCAAUCGCUGGGAUGACUUUCCCAAGUUGGCCAGAAAAUACCUCAACAAACAACUGGUCCUCAAGGAUAACUCCCAAGACCUAAUCCCCGCGCGACCUAAAUACACCGAGCUUUCGAAUCUUCCGCCUCUCUGGAAACAGGCCCGUUCACUGAAGUUCAGUGGAGUCCUACCAGGCACCUCACAAAGCAUUGCAAAACCCUCUUGGAGCUUCCCUAUCGUUCCUGGAGCUGUCCUUGAUCCCAAGCACCCAUCCCUAAGGGUGGGUCCGAAAAGCUUUCCCGUCUUUAAGUCGGAGAUUUUUACCCUGAAGGCGUUUCCGUACGCCGUGCUUCACCCACACAAUAAUGCUACUUAUCCCUUCCCCCCACGCGAUCCCCAAAAGUACCGUUCAACAACUUGCUUACCAUUUGGAUUACUCCCCCUUACUUCGAGAAAAGACACACGGAAUAGUCCUGUCAUACGAUCGACGAUGAAACGAAGGGUGCAGGAAGCGAUCCGUUUGGUGGUGACUCGAGGCGCUUCAGUGGACCGGAUCGGUCAGAUUGUGUUUGGGAAUCCCGACCCUAAUGCAUAUGUGCUAAAAGACUGGGUAUACCUAUUGUACCCUUCCAUUGGGCUGUUAAGGGCGCCAUGGUCCCACUUAAUUUUUCAAGUGGGUUCAGCUUUGGCCCACUUGAAGAAAGUUAAUCAGGAAUACACUUUGGAAUGGGAUGGCCCACCCAAGUCUGCACCAGAACCAACGCAGCCUUCAACUCGAACUACAUUCAUCAACCCUGCAAUAAAUAAACGCGAAAGGGAAUCGGAUCAUGAGGUCAUCGCAACUACACUUCACUCUGACAGGCUUUUCCACUCGGGAUACUCUGAAAGCCACCCACCCGGCAAGUCGGGCACCGUUCACCCGCGCAAACGUGUUCAACCAUAUAAGCCACAAGUCUUCCUGGUUGAACGGUGGCUCGAGAAGCCAUAG